CAAAAGCGAUAUCAAAAAGGCGGGAAGCCGUCAGCGUCAGCGUGUCGUGCAGUGUCGCGCAAACGUUCCACGUUCCAUUACCAUUAUAGGUUACGCUGCGCUGUGUCGCCGAGAGACCGAAGAGACGAGCGACAUAAAUAUUUCUACUCGAAAUCGCAGCGGGCGACUACGUUUCACGAGGAGUUGCGGAGUCAUUAACGAGAGGACAUCAACCUCGUUGCGACCGUGCACUGCCGUGCCCGCUUGAUACCUUCGAUGUUGACGUACGUAUGAUACUUUUGGGGGGACUCGAAGAAAAGGAAAAGCGAUGAUACCGUGUCUCUAACGGAACGAGAAUGCAGUUCUCUACAAGUGAAGCAGAAAAAGAAGUAUACUGUUGAAGCAUGAAAGACAUUAAGCAAUACUUUGCCAACGGCAAACAUAGCGAUAAGGAGGCCACUACCAAUUCUAGCAACGUCGUGGAACAAGAGGAGCGGGAGCAGGAAGAGACUACUGUCGAGAUCCGGAUAUCACGCGAUAGCUCUGCGAGCAGAAUGUGCGAUAUAAUUGAGAGCAAGGGCGACCUGAUCGACGAGACGCCCAUUCUGUUCAACGGCGAUGUAAACAAUGGUCAUAAAACUCUGCGAAACAAAACACCUAAAUCAGAGUGGACCGAGUCAGAUGUAAAGCGGCGUCUCGAGAAGCGUUCAAAGCCCGCUGUGAAAAUUAAUGGAAAUCGGUCUGAGGAAACGAAGAAUGUGUCGAAAGAAGAAGGGUUGGAGGAACAAAUUAUGGAUACAGACAGCUUCCCCAACAACAGCGUUAUUAAUUUCAGUGAUGAGACUGAGUCAAAUGUAGAACACAGUGAAUGUGAUUCUCAACGGGAAGAAUCAAACGCUUUUCAGGUUCUGAUGAGUCGUAGUAAACCGAUACAGUGUAAAUUACCACAGCAAUCCACAGAAGACUAUGAGAAUAAAGACAAAUCAGAUAAUGCAAAAGAACUGAAAUCUAAAUACAAAGAGAAGCUGAUAGCUUUGGCUGAUAAAAAAGGAUAUUCGAAAAGAAAAAUGGCGGAAAUAGAAGAGGGUGAGAGAAUAGAAAAGAAUAUUGAAAACCGCAUAAGGGUCUUUAAAGGCGAGAAUAAAACCAACAUAAUACAUAAAAAGGAUAACAGCUUUGAAGCAUCGACAAAAAGUACCAAACAGUCUGGAAACUUGCUGAAUUAUUUUAGCAAAUCACCUUUGGGAUUGACAAAUAAGGAUGAAAAAUGUGUGUCUACCUUUAUCGUAAAAGCGGAUGUACAUAGGACUGAUAAUUCUGACGUUGAACCUGUAAUAAAGCCGAUUUCGAAUAAAAGACAUUCCAACAAGAAAUGUCCAAAGUCAGAAUUAGAUCUUUCUACAGUGGAUGAUAUUCACAUCAUAGCGUCUGAGAAUUUGUUUUCUCCGCAGACCGCCAAACAAGAUAAGCAAAAACGGGAAAAACCUCGUUGGUCCUUACGAAUAAAAUUACAUUCUUCUGAAGAUAACGGUUCUCCAAUUGAUACCGAUGACGAAUUGUUUUCACCGAGAAGCAAAUCAAAGUUUAAUCCCUCGAAUAAAUCGGGAAAUAUAGAAAAUAAUGAAGUCUAUAUGAAGGAUUGUGAUCGACAUCUUAAGAGAAUGCGAAACAAGGAGAAAAAAGAAUUGCGUGUAAAGGACAACAUUCCAAACACUGUCAAAGACGUUUCCAUAAACGCUUCUAAUGAGGAUACUGAUUUGAAAAAUUCAAAUGGAACUAGUAAAAACGAGCAAAAGAUUAAUGAUACGAGUGAAACGAUUAUUACAGUAAUCGAUGCGUGCGAGAUUGUCAAUGAGAAUAGUCUAAAGAGAAAACCGAAUGAAAAGCUGGCGCCUUUAUUUAUUAAACGACGUAAAACAGAUCCGGCUAUCACGGCAGCUAGACGUUUGUUCCUGCAAUCGGAUAUAGUCGACGUAGAGAACCAAAAUACGGACCAUAAAGCGAACAAUGGCAUAUCUGUGUUACCAUUUCCCUCUAUCAGUCAUGUUACACAAUUAGAAAACGAGCCGGAUUCGACCAGAUGCGAAAUCAAACAUAAAUUUUCGAUGAAAAUCGAGAAAAAAUAUUUGCCUUUGAUAGACAUUAGUAAUUAUAAGUACAUUACUAAUUGUAGGGAAGCAUCAAGAACAAUUAAAACGAUUAAUGAGCCCGUGAAGGAAAACGUUGAACAAGUGUUAUCAGAAAUCGAAGAACUUUAUCCGGAUGUGCGAAAAAUAUGGAAGACUAUAUCAAUGAUUAAAGGCGAUUCGGAAAAGAAAUCGCCACCUCGGAUGAGAGGUAGAAAGAGAGCGCUUGAACGAAAGAGAAUGUUAAUGGAGAACGAGAAAAGUCAGUUGCAUGAUUGCAUGUGGACAUAUAAAUAUAAGCCGAUGAGCGCGCAAGAGAUAGUUGGGAAUGAAGAGGCCGCGAAUAAGCUAAAAGAUUGGUUGAGCGGCUGGAGAACAUCCUUAACGAACGAGAACGACGGCAGCAGCGGCGAUGAGUUUUAUUCCUCGGACUGCAGUUCCUUGUGCAACAAUGAAAAUAAUCAGAUUGCUGUGUUAUUAGGACCGCACGGCAGCGGAAAAAGCGCAAGCGUGUACGCGAUAGCAGAGGAACUUGGUUACAGCGUGCUCGAGGUAAACGCAUCUUCCAGACGGACUGGAAAGAGGAUCUUGAAGGAAUUGGAGGAAGCCACGAAAUCGCACAGAAUUAAAAAAAGUAAACACAAAUCUCCGUUCGAACGAGUUACGAGUGAGACCGAAAGUUCGAAAAUAUCGCAAAAUUCGCUAAUUCUUCUGGAAGAUAUUGAUAUUAUCUUUGAGGAGGACGAAGGAUUUGUUUCUGCUGCAUAUCAAUUAGCAUCAAACACCAAACGACCAAUUGUUAUGAUAUGUAGAAACACAUGUCCUCAUUUGAACAAAAUGGCACCGCAACAAAAUAAAGUUUACUUUUAUAAAGUCAGUGGUAACAGAGUGUCUGCCUUAUUGGAAUUAAUUUCGCUGGCAGAAACGGGUUACAGAAUUCCGCAUAAUUGCCUAAUGAAAUUAGUGCAAGCGGGCGAUCUAAGGCAGGCACUGCUCCAGUUGCAAUAUCUAUUAUUAUCAGGUCCACCAGUAUUAUCGGAACAAUCUACAACCACGAAGCCAUCGCUUUGGCAAGAUAUGCAACAUUAUUUGUAUAAGCCUGCGAUUAAGCUAAAUAAGAGGCACAAGACAAAGAAGAGUACAAAUACAAAAAAUUCCAAUAUAUUGAACAAUUUAGCGGAGGAUUUGGACAGUUUAUCUCUAGUGUCGUCUUUAAUCGAUGUCGAAGACACGACGUUGGAUAUGUCAGAGGAGAACGCGCAACCUAAUUUAUCAUUAGCUGAAAACGUGUCUUUCUAUUCUGCUUUGCGUGAUUUGAACGCGGAUAUAGCGAAUUUUAUUAACAGUCAAAUACUGUAUAAAAACUUUGAGACAAACGAGCACGUGCAGAAUCAAAGCAAAAUUGUUCUAAGGAAGCAAUUGAAUCGAGGAGUGGAUCGAGCGCUAUCGUACGUUACAUCUGGGUGUUUAGAUCAACGAAUCAUGGCAUUAGAUUAUCUUCCAACCGUUCGAACGAUAUGUCGCGCAGAAGAAUCUCGCUCGACCGCAAAUUACAAACGACGCAAUCGAUUUUUUCAUUAUCUGCACAGUCUAGUGCCGACCGCGUCGACGAAGCCGAAUAUCUUAGCCGCCGCGUGUAGAAUGUUACAAGAGAGAGAGAAUAAAACUACAUCUACGUGCGUAGUCAAUGUCACUAGCGACUGAUGCUUAAAGGAAAUAUAUUUUUACUUACAAGGAUGGUGAUUUUAUCGAAUUUUAACAUCGCGAUAAAUUGUCGUGAAAUACGAUAUUUCAGUCUUUUGAUAUGUUAUUUAUGUCUACGAUAUGUAUAUAUAAUGACUUAACGCAUAUUGUUGUUUGUUGUGUAUAAAAUGUCACAUCUAAAAUAUUAUUACUAUUUCCUCUGCAGUAAUUUUUCUUUCUUUUUUUCUAGUUGAAUUUAUUAUAUUUCAGUGAGAUACAAGUAUAUUGGUAUUUGUAAAAAAAUUUGAUAUAUAAAAAAUUGCAUUUAGAAUAAUUUAUGUUAACAAGGGAAACGUAAUGUAUGUUCGCAAUAGCUGAUCUUUCACAGGUUCAUUAUCCUGUGUAUUUUUACCGCGCAUUUAGUACUAAAUACAAUUGUUUAAUUUUAUUUACCUAAUGUACAAAAUCAUACAUCACUGAAUGCAAUGUGAAUGUAGAUUUUUGCACAUUAUUAUUAUAUA